UUUUUGCUCCUAAGUUUAUCUUGUCCUUCCAUCAGCUGAUUGAUUCCUCGGUGAAGGAAACGAAACGUAGCGCCUGUAAUUUUCAAUUCUGCCAACCGUACGCCUUUUCACUGACAGCAGCCAAGUCUAUUUUCGAACUGCGGAAACUCGCAUGCACAUCGCACGAUCGCCUUUGAAAUAUCUUCCGAUUACGGUGUGACAUAACCUGGCUGACGUGCCACUGCCUGCUUUAUGGCGAAUUAAGUUGGCACAAAGCUUGACUUACUCGCGCCUCAAUCAUGUUAGUAACGUAUAUGUGGGAGAACUGGAGGUACAGCAAUGCCCCGGAGGGUCAGCGGCCGUUCGAAAAGGUGGUCGGGCUGACGAAAUACGGGCUCGCCGGUAGUGCCGGGGUGGGCAUAUACGACUGCAUACUCAUAUCUCAGACGGCAGGCUUCUGGCAGACGGUGAACUGCAUGUCCUUCUGGGUGGUGCCUGUCACUGCCAUGUGCGCCACCUUCGCCUCCGUGGCGUACGCAACGACGAAAAUCAGGGGAAAGGACGGCUACUUCAAUUACAUUCUGGCCUCGUUAGCCGCAGGCGGGAUCAGCUAUCCUUGGCUGAAGAACGGCCCAUUCUCCUAUCAUCUCACAAUGGUAAUAAUCGGAUGCGCCGUAACCAAGAAGUUCGGCGACUUGAGCGGUUGGAAUCCCCUUCCGUUGAAUCCGGAAAUACGACGGCAAUAUACCACUUUCCCCUUCGACUUCACCCUCAUCAAAGAUACCCGAGGACCCAGACCCUGGGAGUAACGAUAUUUCAUGUACAGAAAGGGGGAUUAGUUAACGCUGCUGAUUUACGAGUCAGAUGUGGGAAUAAAUCAUAUUGUACAAUUGAUGAUACAGAGAAAUACGAAAUGCGCGUGUGCUCGCUUUCGUCAUGUAUUUAUUAAGGUUCUAGUAUACAGGAAAUAAAAAGGAUUGUAAAAAGAA